UGAAGGGAGUGUACCUCGAAGAAUGGAAACUCGUAGUGCAUGGUCACGUGCAGAAAAACCAGUGAUGGAAAUUAGUGAUCUUAGCGAAAAAGAGUCAAAGGAUUAUCUGAUUAAGAGGUGCACAAUCAAGGAAGAGAAAAAGGGCAAGUUUAUUAGAACGGAAUGCAAGAUCAAUGAUGAACAAGUAAAUGAAUUAUAUAAAUUAGUUGGUGGACGCGCUGUUGAUCUAAAGGAUGUGGCGAACAAAUUUCUAGCUGGACACUCUCUCGAAGUCAUCAAACAACAAGUCUUAACCGAAGUUGAAACGAAAUUCCAAUCUGCACAACUCCUUCCAAAUGAUCCACAUUACGAAGUAGGAAAGUGUAUUAUUAGUGAUUUGUUAGAGUAUAAAGAGAUUAGUUUUUUAACAUUUAAGAAAUAUUUCAAUAAGACUGAUGAAUUAAAUGAAGUGUUAGAAAGCAACAUAUUUGCAUAUUAUCUGACAAAAAACACUGUGACCUUUCAAUCUCAAUCAGUAGAAUAUUAUAUUCAGAAAAACUCUGAUAUAUUUGUUAAAGAAAAAUCCAUAAAAUAA